AGACUUAGAUGCCUUGGACCACAGCACCACCUACUUAUAGAAGCAUCCCGAGCCUCAGCCAGUCUGCAUCUCCAUCGGAAAGUGCGCUAGCCACAUCCCUUCGGAUCACUUCGUCCUCCCGGGAGCGUUCUGCUUUCUACACCUCGGAAAGAACGAAAUCUUAGCUGUGAAGUGAGCGUGGAGAAAGCGCAGGAAGCGACACAAUUGGUUAGGGACGUAGAGAGUGAGAGCCGGCGCACCCCUAGCCCGGGGACCGCGCUCGCGGGCGGGGACGGAGCAUCCCAGGGGCUGCACCCGCUGCUCCGCGCUUCUGCCCGGCGCCGCCAACACCGUGGCGGCCGCUGGAAUCCCGGAGCUGCCAGGCGCUCCCGGCCCGUCUCGGCAAACUUUUCCCCAGCCCACGUGCUAACCAAGCGGCUCGCUUCCCGAGCCCGGCAUGGAGCACCGAGCCUAGGGAGGCCGCGCCGCCCGAGACGUGCGCACGGUUCGUGGCGGAGAGAUGCUGAUCGCGCUGAACUGACCGGUGCGGCCCGGGGGUGAGUGGCGAGUCUGCCUCUGAGUCCUCCCCAGCAGCGCGGUCGGCGCCGGCUCUUUGGGCUAGCCCUCCAGUUCCUAGACUUUGAGAGGCGUCUCUCCCCCGCCCGACCGUCCAGAUGCAGUUUCGCCUUUUCUCCUUUGCCCUCAUCAUUCUGAACUGCAUGGAUUACAGCCACUGCCAAGGCAACCGAUGGAGACGCAGUAAGCGAGCUAGUUAUGUAUCAAAUCCCAUUUGCAAGGGUUGUUUGUCUUGUUCAAAGGACAAUGGGUGCAGCCGAUGUCAACAGAAGUUGUUCUUCUUCCUUCGAAGAGAAGGGAUGCGCCAGUAUGGAGAGUGCCUGCAUUCCUGCCCAUCUGGGUACUAUGGACACCGAGCCCCAGACAUGAACAGAUGCGCAAGAUGCAGAAUAGAAAACUGCGAUUCUUGCUUUAGCAAAGACUUUUGUACCAAGUGCAAAGUAGGCUUUUAUUUGCAUAGAGGCCGUUGCUUUGAAGAAUGUCCAGAUGGUUUUGCACCAUUAGAAGAAACCAUGGAAUGUGUGGAAGGAUGUGAAGUUGGUCAUUGGAGCGAAUGGGGAACUUGUAGCAGAAAUAAUCGCACAUGUGGAUUUAAAUGGGGUCUGGAAACCAGAACACGGCAAAUUGUUAAAAAGCCAGCGAAAGACACAAUACCGUGUCCAACCAUUGCUGAAUCCAGGAGAUGCAAGAUGGCAAUGAGGCACUGUCCAGGAGGGAAGAGAACACCAAAGGCGAAGGAGAAGAGGAACAAGAAAAAGAAAAGGAAGCUGAUAGAAAGAGCCCAGGAGCAACACAGCGUCUUCCUAGCUACAGACAGAGCCAACCAAUAAAACAAGAGACACAUCUGGUAGAUUUUUAGGGUUUUUUGUUUUUGCAAACGUGCACAAAGCUACUCUCCACUCCUGCACUCUGGUGUGCAGCCUUUGUGCUGCUCUACCCAGUAUCUGUUCCCAGUAACAUGGUGAAAGGAAGCACCACCAGCGUGGCCCCUGUGUUAUUUAUGCUUUGGUUUGAAUCUGGAGACUGUGAAGGCAGGAGUAAGUGCACAGCCCAUGACUUGGCUUAGUGUGUGCUGACAGAAUCCGUCCCCGGCACCACGGACACGCUAGCGGUGUGAGGCUGCAGACCACCGCUGGAGGACGGACUUCUGCCUAUUUAUGUGAAAGAAGAUGCUUGGCAGGCAAUGCGCUAUUCACUCGUGACAUUUAUUUCUCACGUUGUGCAUUUUCAAGGAUACGUUUAUGUGGAUGUCUGCUUAGUGGUUACCACAUGGUAUUCUCAGCAUCUGUCACCUUCACACUGUUGUGCGAUGAAACUGCUUUUAGCUGAGGAUACGCUCUGGAAAUUCCCGCUCAGUUUCACAGCAGCCCUAAUAUGUACAUAUUCUGCAGGGGCUACAUAUAAAGCUCUUAUUUACUGUAUAUUUAUGCUUUCUUGUGCGUAAGGAGUCAUACCUGAUUAAUAUGUCACUUUGUUUCUAGUGGUUCCUAAUCCAUUGUCUGGUAAAUGACUUUUCUAGUUUGGAGAAUUGACACAUGUUUUGUUGUCUCUUGAAACUUUUUUCCCCUCAUUGUGGGCUUAUUUCUCAUUGUAAGGGUAGGAUAAACUAGUUUUUGUAUAUAGAGUCAAAUGACCAGUGUCGAAGAGUUUGCAUAUUGUAUAGACCUUCCCCACUCCACAUGUCCCACACAUAGAAAUAGCAGCAGGUGGCAUCUGGCAAUCAGAAGCCCAAACUGCCUUUGAGUCUAAGAUGUGAUGACUUUGAAGAAACACAACUGAAAACAUGAGGGACUAUAUCCAGUCACUUGUAGCCAAUUUCACAGGCCAGCUACAGAAUUGUCCAAACAUUAUUUCUGACUGCCUUUUUCCCUGCCCCCCAAAUUUAAAGCAGUCCCUGACUUUCAAUGACAGGGCACCUGCCAAUGUUCUUGGGUCACUGAAGAAGUUACUAACAUGAGCCUGUGCAUAGAAUUUUAGGAGAUAAAUGGAUGAAUUUCUGUGACUGCUGGUCAGAUCUUAACAAGUCUCUAUUGAGCCAGAAUCUGUUUCAGAUCCAAGAUGGAGAGGAACACUGUGGAAACUUCCCAGGUGACUUUCAGAGCAGUUGUUUCGAACGCAUCAUUGUUCACUUGGGGGAACCAGUUUUUAGAAGGUUGUGAAUUGGCUUUUUCUCAAAACAUUAUUAUCUUCUUGGCUGAUCCAGGAGAAAAUUAGAACAGAAAAAUAAUGGUUGUGGAUUUCUAAACAAAGCAAGGUAAAGCCAUUUUUUUUUCACCUUGCAUUGGCAAAACUACCUCUUCAGUGUUUUUGUUUAACUUUUGAUUCAAAAGCAUCUUACCGAUAAGGAUAAAUAUCAUAUACAUCAUUAUGAAAAUAUUGCUAUGAGAUAAUAAGCCAUAUAUGAAUGUUGUAUACAACUUUAGGGUUUGCAUUUAAUCCUGAAGUGUUACCUCCUUUCAUGUCUAUUUACACUAUUUUCCCAUUUACUAAGUGGGGAGGGGUCUCCUUAUAUAGUGCUUCAUCAUUAAUAAGUCAAUACCUGUUGUUCCUGGGAUGUUCUUUUUUGUGCAUUAAAAACUUCAAAAUUAUAUUUUGUGGAGUUUUUUUUUACUUUAGAGAUACAUUUAGAAAUAACUUAGUACUUUGUUCUACCCCAAAAAUAUAACAGUCCUUUAAAAAAGACAAAUCUUUAAAAACCUAUGUUGGUAACUACAUCUAGGACACUAACUGGUUUUCUAGUUAGUGUAAACUAGCACAACUAGUGUUGCUAGUUUAUGUAUAAACUAGAUAACUAUAAAUUAGAGUCCAAGCGUCCGAGUUCUAAUCCAGACUGAGAGUGGCCUGUGAAAAUUACUGAAUCCCUCCAUUCUGUUUCCUUAUCUGUGAAAUGGGGAUCACUUUAUCAUCUGCCUCCAAGGGUUGUGUUUUAAGGACCAAAUGAAAAUAUAUACAAGGUUGUACUUUAAGGAUAUGAUUAGGUAAAAUGUGUAAAGUAUGGUCAGCACAGCAUUCUAUACACUAAGUACUAUACAAGUUGGUCAUCACAUUUUUCAUUGGAUUCUUUUGAUUUCUCCUUAUUAACAAACUAGAACAUUUAUGAAAAGUAUUGAUCUAUUGCUUGAUGCCUGGGCAUUAUUUGCUAAAACGUUUACAUCUGCUUGAGUUUCCCUGAUAUAAGCAGCAUACAUACACAGAUACACACAAAACGGAAUUCAUUCCUGUAUCAAUAAGGGUACAACCAAGGAAAUAAACUAGUUAGGGUAUUUCAAACAGGGAAUUUAACACCAGGAAUUGGUUAUACAGGUGAUAAAGGAGACACGGAGCCAAAAUAUGUUGCCAAGAUGACCCAGAGAUUAGAAACAGCAGGAGACACUAUUUUACCCCUAAUGCAAGAGGGAUUACACGAAGAGGUGGAGUUUCCAGAAUCUAGAAGCCACAGGUGCCCAGCUAGACUUAGAACCAUAGCUAAGGCUAGAGCUAUAACCACAGAAGGAGCUGGAACUGAGGACAGAAAGCUGGUUUGGUAGGAGCCGAAAUAUUGGACAUGAUCUGGCCGCUGUGAGAAAUGUUGCUUGAGGCAAAUUCAUAGAGGAGGAAAUACCCUGGCUUCUCCCUAUCUCACAACCUCCAGUCUUCCACCAGUGCCCGCUAUUGCCCAAAGCUUCCCAGAAGCCAGUAGGCAAGGGAGUCUGGGUAACACAGUUUUCUGUGGUGCAGAAGAGCCUGAGGGAAGGGCAGCAGGUAGAUCUAAGAGCAAACAAACAAAUGAUCCGCGUAAUCACUGAUACCUGCCUUCAACUGUUCCCUUUCCUGCUUUCCCUAUUGGACAGUUAAUUAUUUAGCUAGUUGAUUAAAGGCUCUUGUAUUUGUCAUUUACUUCCUUUGUUCCCUACAUCUAGUCAGUUACUAAUAUCUAAUGAGUUUACUUUGGAAAUAUCUCUUGAUUUUCUCCCUACCCCUUUACUUUCUUUGCCCAAGGCCUGGUCCUCUUUGUCUCUUUUUCUGGACUGUUCCACUCUUCCUAGACAUCAUUCUUGCCCCCAGCUUCACUCACUCCAAUUAUUCCUUUGUAUUUCUACCACUUAUUUUUCUAUUAACAUUUUUUUCUUCCUUUUCAAAAAAAUACUUUCCCAUUCCCUAUAGAAUAAAAUUUUACAAUUCUUCAGUGCCCUUUUAAUGUUGUCUUCACCCAUGUAUCUUACAGAGAUCAACAAAAGACUGGAUGGCAUGGAUGAAUGUUGUAAAAUCUUCAAGGUUUCCUUGAUGGUAAACUUGGACAUGCUCACUGUAUUAGUUGAUACCCCUUGAAUCACAAAGACAGAAAUGCAAGGACUGACAUGGCUUUAAAAGUAGAUGAUAUUAGCACAUGUUGGUUUCUGAUUAAAAAAAAAAGUAGGUGAUAAACAUUAAAUCUUGAAAUCUCCAAUUCUUGUUUUACUUUUUAUUAAAACAAAAAUAGAUCUUUAUUUUGGGCCCAAACCUAAAGUGAAAUAUUAAAUAUUCAAAAAGCAAAUAUUUUUUCUACAUACAGUCUCUCAUUUAUGUGGGUAGCACCACUACCUUCUAGCAUACCCUUGACUGAGAGGUUGAAGAAGCUGAAAAAUGUGUGAUGAAUAAAGAUUUUGAUGGAUUUCCAUAUUCAUCUCCGAUGAAUCAUUACAGAAAACUGCCAUGUGCCAUUUUCUCCUGCUCUAGCAGACGUUGUUACUCACUCACUCUGUACCUCUGAGCAGGACGUAGAUUCAGAAUCCUUCCCAACAAAGGUGUUCCAAGAAAACAUUAUCAAUAGAUUGGAAUUGACAGGGGAGUUACAACUUUUUGCUUUCCAGGUUCAACUUAAUGUCCUAGAGAGUGACUUCACCCAGACACACUCUUUGGAGCACUCCAUGACAUAUUUUUCAAACCUUUCCGCUAGUACCCUUACAGCCAGAGAAAAGCAAAUAACCCUGGAAUUAUAACCUGAAGCAGCCUCAUUUUAAUCCUGAUUUUAAAAUAAUUCAUGCAAAUUUUGUAUUCUACUAAAUAAAAGGGCUAUUUUUAAAUACAAAAUUAUUCCCCUAUCCUUUGACAUUCCCUCCAAAAACCUUGGAGCAAAAUCACAUUUCAGGAAGAUGUUCCAUGUUUAUUCAGUCCUGGGUUUUGCAUACUCCUUGGCAAGUUGUUCUUUGUCCCUAGAAAAACGCAUAUCUUCAUUUAAGAAGCUGAACAGUAGUUCUUUGGUAGUGUUCACAAAUGGCUUUACCAACUAACUCCUCCUUGGGUUUUAUGACCUCAGACUCCCCAGGUGCACAUUCCACUUUAAUUUGAUUCUUUUUCUACUGGCUUCCUUUCUCCUCCUUUCUACUUUAGUUAUGAUUCAGCCAUCAGCUGCCUUCCCUAUGUCUGUUGUCGAGAAAAGAAGUAGCAAUCUUUUUCUGUAAAGGGCCAGAGAGUAAACAUUUUAGGCUUUGUGGACCACACUAUCUCAGUGGCAGCUACUCAGCUGUUAUAGCAGAAAAGCAGCCAUUUUCAGUACGAAAAUGAAUGGGCAUGACAAUGUUGCAAUAGGUAUGACAAUGUUGCAAUACAACUUUAUACAAACUUAAAUGUGAAUUUCAUAGUUAUCACAUGUCAUAAUAUACUCUUUUGACUCUUGGCAACCACUUAAAAAGUGUAAAAUUGUUAGCUCGUCAGCCAUGCAAAAAUAGGUGGCCAGGCUGGAUUUGGUCCACAGACUGGAUUUCUUGACCCCUGGUAUACAAGAUAACUCAUGAAAUGUCUUUGCAAACUAUGAAAGCCUAUCUAUCUCUAACUCUGUCUCAGCUACAUACACUCUGCUUCUGGUAGGAGCCCAAUAACUGUGUUGAAUGCAGAUGCCAUUUUAACUACCCUAUGUAUGGAAAUAAUUUCCAACUUUAUAAUGCCAUUCUUGAAGUCUCUAGUUCUUAUUUUGAUUCUUCCUGGCCAUAGGAUAUUAUAUUUGUUUUGGGCCCAAACCUUAAGUGAAAUGUUAAAAAUUUAAAAAGUUAAUUUUCUUUUCUGGAUAAGUUAUCUCCUAACUUCUUCAUUGAUUUAAGUAGUACCACUGCCUUUUAGUGUACCCUACCCCUGCAUUCCAAUAAGAGAAUAGCUUCUGUCUCUUUUUCAUUAAGACCACUCCAUCCCUUCUGUAAUGUGUGUCAGUGAUGCAGUCUUUCCUUGCUCUCGUAGCCCAAUUUACAUGAAUUAAGGUUAUAGACUCAUACACAGCCAUCCUUUCUGUAAUGUGUGUCAGUGAUGCAGUCUUUCCUUGCUCUUGUAGCCCAAUUUACAUGAAUUAAGGUUAUAGACUCAUACACAGCCAGGAAAAUGCUUUUAAAAAAUAACUAUUUGAAUGCCCUUUCUGGCUUCCUUACUUGCUCUGGAAUCUGUAACUCCUUACCUGUUUUUUUCCCAUUAUCUUUUCCUUAUUAGAGUCUGGUCCUCAUUUUAUGCCUAAUCUAUGAAAAUUGAGCAUGUGCUGAAUGCCUUUUAGGAGUAAAACCUUGUAAACAAUGGUAGCAGUACUCCCAUUCUCUAGCUUGUUCAUUUCAUCUGCUAAGUAAUUUUUAGGCCGAUGUUUUGUGUCAUCUUGAGCCCUUCUACUACAGAGACAGUAGAAUAAGUGAUGUGAUAAUGGAGGAGGCAUCAAGGAAGGCAUCUCUGGGGAAGUGUGAUUUUGCAUGAAGCCUGAAUAAUGUAUAAAAGUCUAAGAACAGUCCAGACACUGGAAACAACCUGUGUGAAGGUCCCGAAGUGCAAACAGGGUCAGCAAGACCAACGUACAGGCAAAAAGGAAGAGUUACUAGAGCAUAGUUAGGAGGAGAAUGGGACCAACAUGAGGUCAGAAGUAAACAAAACCAAGGUCAUGAAGGGUCAUGAAAGCUGUCGUGAAAACUUGGAUUUGAUCUACGGGCUUGGAGAAGUAUGGGAGGAUUUUAAGCAGGGGAGCAAUGUGCUGACUCACGUGCUGUGUUUACUUUGGCUUCUGUGUGGAAGGUGGAUUUUCAGAGUGAAGGCAGAAACACAAGUUGGCAGGUUAUUGCAAUAAUCAGAUGAGAAUUAGUGUGACAUGAGCUGGUAGAUGGUGGUAAAGAAGGAAAGAAGUGGUUGGAUUCAGGACAUAGUUUGGUAGAAGAGCCCAUGAGACUUGCUGAUGAGCUAGAUGUAGGGUAAAGAAAUGAGCUAGAUGUAGGGUAAAGAAAGACAAGGGACCAAAGAAGUUUCCUAUGCUUCUUGUCCUGAGCAACAGGGUAUAUAGGGGACACAGGGAUGACAGGAUAAUAAUACAUCCAUUUUUCACAUGCUAAGUUUGAGGUGCCUAUUGGAUAUCUAUGUGGAGAUAUCAAGAAGGCAGCUGGAUAUAAAUCUGGAGUUUAGGGAAAAGAUCAGGGCUACAGAUAUGACUUUGGGAUAAAGCAGUGUGUAGAUAGCACUUAGAACCAUGGAAGUUUAUGGAAUGACUGAGAGAGAGAAUACUCAAGAGAGAGACUUAGGGACACUCAAAGCUUAGACAUCAGCCAGCAAAUGAGGCACUAGUAAAGAAGUUGAAAAAGU